UAAGAAACCAAUCGUUCAACCAACAUCACCGAAGAUGACAGCACCAGCAGUGGAACCACCAUGGUAAGUUUUUUCAUCAGGAGCAGCGAUAAAAAAAAGCCAGGCAGGAACUUGUGUUCGAAGGCUCGCAAGGCAGAAUAAAAAAGAAAGAGGCUUGAGAGCCAAAAGGAAAGCAUCUUCUCUCUCAAAAUAACUUAGCCAAUCAUUGGGUCUACCCUGGUGUGGGUGGGAUGCUCUGAGGUGACCACAGCAUCACCUAUCUGUAAACCAGAGAGAGAGAGAGAGAGAGGUCAUAUAUAGAAGGUGGUAAAGGCUAUAAGGAGGAGGAGAUGUCGGGAGACAGUGAAUGGGAGUUAAAAAAGGAAAGCUGAUUCAUUGCAGGAAUCUAUAAAAAUUUAUGGCGGCUCUCAAAACUAGCAAGCAUGAAAGGCUUUAUUAUAGGUGAAGCCUUCACCUCUGUGAGAAGCUUGGUGUAGAGAGCUAAAGAGACAGCAUGGAGGUGGCUCACUUGCAGAGAAGAUUCAUUGAUCUCACAACAACCCUAUUUCAGCAGGGGAUUCUGGACAACCAGUUCAUACAGCUUCAGCAACUGCAGGAUGAGAGUAACCCUAACUUUGUUCAUGAAGUGGUGUCUCUUUUCUUCCAAGAUUCUGAAAAACUUCUCAAUGAACUGAGCAGGAUCCUAGAUCAUCAGAUUGUGGAUUUCAAGAUAGUUGAUGCUCAUGUCCACCAGUUCAAGGGCAGCAGCGCCAGCAUAGGAGCUCAGAGGAUUAAAGAUGUCUGUAUUGCCUUCCGCAGCUGCUGCGAGGAGAACAACAGGGACGGAUGUAUCAGAUGUUUGCAGCAAGUUAAGCAAGAGUACUGCCUUGUAAAAAGCAAUCUUGAAGAUCUAUUCAGGCUGGAGAAGCAGAUUUUGGCAGCUGGGGGGUCAAUUCCAACUAUGCAGUAGAGGCUGUCUGGCACUUGUCAAGGAGUUUAAAGAUGUCUUAGGAAAACGAGUCCAUGUUCUUUAUUUGUUGAGCUUUUGCUAUCUGUUUUGUUUCUAACUACUUUUAAAGAUUUGUGCUUGGUACAGUUGAAAGAUGCCACCAUUCCUUUACUUUGUGGAUGAUGUAAGACUGUUUCAUAGUAUCCUGGAUUACCGGAAUGAUAGUGUAAGACUGAUUUAAGCAUCAGUAUUAAAUGCAUCAUGCUUGAUUGAUUUGCUG